AUGUCUGAAUUCAAAGCCCGGGGCGGAAAAAUGAUCACGUGGCAUGGACUUGCGGACGAGGCGAUCCCACUGGGCGGAAUGGUUGAGUAUUACAAACAGGUGCUGGAGAUGGACGCUGGGGCCACCUAG